AUGUUACAACUGUAUUUCAUUGUUACUUGGAUUAGUGGUAUUUUAUUGUCAGGAGUAGAACUUGUCAUUGUUUUGUUUCAUUGCCUUUGUAUUGUAGAUCUUCAAACUGACCAAUUGUCUCCAGUAGAUUUUUGUAAGAGAGUUAAUCCUUUUCUUAUCCCAGAAGUUAUAAUACAAUUUAUUUUGACCAUCAUUUAUAUUCCCCAAUUUUUUAUAUUUGAACUUCUUUUUACUAUUCCAUUAUUAUCUUUAGAUAUUUAUCAUUUCUUUCAAGCUUCAUUUAAGUAUAACCCUGUAACUGUUUUUACAAAUAUUCAUAGGAAAGAGGUGAUUGGUUAUUUAAAAAUUUGUUAUUAUCUCCUUUUUAUCUUUGUUUCAAUAGGGAGAAUUCUCUUCCACGUUAUUACUUCUGAAUAG